AUUGGAAUCGUAUUCCAACGAUAAUUCCAUUUUUGUUGUUGCAGUGUCCAAAUUAUCAAUUUAUUAAUCUAAUUUAUGACAGAAUCAUGAAAAGUUUUCACUUACCAACCCAGCUAACUGAUGCUGAAAAGAUACUUCAAAAAAAAUUCGCCGAUCUUAAAAAAGUGCGCAAACAAUUUCAAUCUUACGCAAAACCUUCAAAGGCAACGGACGGUAGCGACAAGAAAAAUGCUGAAGAAGAAAAAAAGAUAUCAGAAAAAGCCGCAGAUGCAACAGAACAAGCCAAAAAAUUACUUAAAUCUGGAGGUCUGAAAAUUGAAGUUGAUAAGAAAGAAGGUAAAUUUAAGAAGAAAAGAGUACGGAGGGAUAGCAAUGAAAAACAAGCCCCUGUUGGGUUUCAACCGUUUCAAAAGAAUCAAUCUCCAGAACGACCUGUUGAAGAAGAGGAAAAGAAAGGUCCCGUAGCCAAAAAGAAGUACAAACCGCUCUUGGAGAGUUUUGUCAGUGGAGGUAAACAAGGGCCAUCUGAAAAACCUCCCACUGAGAGACACACUAAACGUGAAUUUACCCCGAAGAGAGGAAAUACUGUUUACGUUUCUGGUCACGGUAUUACUGAAGAAAUACUCCGCAAGGCUUGUUCGGAAAUAGGCAGUAUAAUAAAUAUAAAUGUUGAACCAGAUAAACAUUGUGGAUUUGUCACAUUUGAGAGCAUGGAGGAUGCAGAUACAGCCGUCAAUGAAGUUAGCGGUAGUAUAGUUUGCGGCGUUCAAUUAAACGUCUCAAUUGCGAGAAGACAACCAAAUUUUGAGACUCCCGCUGAAGGCGCCGCAACUCAAACUUGGUCUUCUAUAGCGGCUAUUCAAUCUCAAAAGUCAAUAUCAAAUCAUAAAGAAACUAGAGAUAUGGUGAAAUAUGAUGAUAUUUUCUGA